AUGCGAGGGCUUCAGGCGGCCCUCUUAGCUGGCGACACCGCUUUCAUCUGGUCUCUCAAAAAGCUCUGCGAGGUGCUCACGCACUUUGACGACGACGUCUGCGAUGGCUGGGUUGGCCUCGAGGCACCCAGUGUCGCCGCCGCCGCCAGGGCGAUGGGCGACUUUUCGCGCGGUGCCCAGACGUUCUGUUCUAACUUUUGGAGCACCUGUGGCUACCCAGCCGUCGAGCCAUGGAACAUAACAUUUCCAUCGCCCAAGCCGGCCGGUGGUCGCCCUGAGCCAAGCCGCAAGAUGCCGCCACUCAAGGUCGUCCAUUACUCGGAUAUUCAUGUCGACCCGCUUUAUACGCCGGGUGCUAAAACGAACUGCACCAAGCCGACAUGCUGCAGGCCGUAUACGAACGACGACGCACCCGGCAGCAACACAUCUCCCGCCGGCCCCAACGGCGAGCAUACGUGCGACACGCCCCUGAGUCUCGAGGCCAGCAUGUAUGAGGCCAUCAAUGCCGUGGCCUCCGAUGCCGCUUUUGCUCUCUUCACGGGUGACAUAGUCGAUGACACGACUUGGGAAACCACGCAAGCCUACAACACGGCCUCGAUCAAACACGCGUACGGCGUCAUGAAGCAGAAGCUCAAGAGAGUCUACGCCACCGCCGGCACCCACGAGGCCCAUCCCGUCAACCUCUUCCAGCCCAGUGACAUUGGCAAUGACACGCAAUGGCUGUAUGGCCUGCUUGCCCAGGAAUGGUCCCCGUGGCUGGACCCGGCUGCCGAGGCACAGGUCAACAACUUUGGUGCCUACUCGACGAAGUAUCCAUUCGGAAACCUGCGCGUCAUCUCCAUCAACACCAACUUUUACUACCGGCUAAACUUCUGGAGGUAUAAGGACUUUGACAAUAAGGAUGUUGAGAACCAGCUUGAGUGGCUCAUCAAGGAGCUCGAUGGGGCGGAGAGGGCCGGCGAGAAUGUGUACAUCAUCGGACACUCGCCCAAUGGCGAACCGGACACGUUCUGGGAUCCGUCCCAUUACCUCGAUCAGAUCUUCAAUCGCUACUCGGCGACCAUCGCGGCCAUGUUCUUCGGACACACCCAGCUCGAUCAGUUUGAGAUUUCGUACCUCGACUACGCGGCGCGCAACGCGUCCAACGCGUUCCUGACGUCGUACAUCGCGCCCUCGCUGGCACCCACUACGGGCAUGCCCUCGUUCCGUGUCUACUCGGUCGAUCCGGAGACGUUUGGCGUGCUCGACGUGACAACAUACGUCGCCGACAUGACCAACCCGGCGUACCAGCAGACGGGACCGGUGUGGGAAAAGUACUACUCGGCCAAGGAGGCCUACGGCCCGGCCGUGGACCCGCCGCUCACGGACCCCUUGGCAGAGCUGACGCCGGCCUUCUGGCACAACCUGACCGAGGCCUUCGACCAGGACCAGAAGCUGUUUGACGAGUACGUUGCGCGCAAGAGCCGCGGGUGGAACGUGACCUCGUGCGACGGCGACUGCAAGAAGGCGGAGCUGUGCCAGCUCCGCGCAGGCCGCUCGGAGGACAAUUGCUACGACCCCCUGACCGACAAGACACCCUACAAGCACGUGGACCAGUACGACGUCUCCUUCUCGGUGACGGCGCACACGCUGCGCGCGUUGGCGAACAGCGAGGGCGGGCUGGACAAGCUGAAGGAGGUGGUUGAGGAGGCGAAGAAGAAUGUCACGGCUGCGGCAAAGAGGAGCGACUCGGUGUCGUCGACCGUCUCCGCGCCCGUGCUCUCCCGCUCCCACUCGCUCGCCGGCGCUGCCUCCGCCGCCGCCACCACCCCUACAGGCUCGGUGCCUCCCCCUCCCCGCCCGCGCCUGGGCUCCCACAGCGUCUCGCUGGGUGCGCUUCCCAGCGCUACAUCAUCGCCUCCACACUCGCCGCCAGCUGCCCCUGCUGACCCCAACCCGUGGAACCCACCGUCGCUGCUGCUGCUUCCACCACCACCGCCUCCCGUCGCAGCUAUCGAGCUGCCUCUGCCAAUCUCUCCACUCUCAACUUCGUCUCCCUCAAAUCCUCCGCUGUCGCCCCAGCAGCCUCCGUCGCCGAGCCUGCCCUCCUCCUCACCCUCCUCCUCCGCCGCCGCCGCCGACAGCUCUUCGUCGUCCUGUGCCGACACAGCGCCCGACCCUGCGCCGCCUUCCAAGAUGCCGCCUAAAGCGAACAAGGCCGAUGGCGAGGCCCUCCAUGGCGGCAAAAUCUACUCGAUUUCCGGCCCCGUCGUCAUCGCCGAGGAGAUGAUCGGUGUUGCCAUGUACGAGCUGGUCAAAGUAGGACAUGACAACCUCGUCGGCGAAGUCAUUCGAAUCAACGGCGACCAGGCCUCCAUCCAGGUCUAUGAGGAAACAGCCGGCCUCAUGGUCGGUGACCCCGUCACCCGCACCGGCAAGCCCCUCUCCGUCGAACUUGGCCCCGGCCUCCUCAACGGCAUCUUGGACGGAAUCCAGCGGCCGCUCGCCGACAUUGCCAACGUCGCCAAGUCCAUCUACAUCCCCCGUGGCAUCUCCGUCCCCGCCCUCGACCGCAACAAGAAGUGGGAGUUCACGCCUACCAUGAAGGUCGGCGACCACAUCAGCGGCGGCGACGUCUGGGGCACCGUCUUCGAGAACUCGUUCAUCUCAACGCACAGAAUCCUGUUCCCGCCCCGCGCCCGAGGUACCAUCACCAAGAUUGCCUCAAAGGGCGAGUACACUGUCGCCGAAAACAUCCUCGAGGUCGAAUUCGACGGCAAGAAGACCGAGUAUCCCAUGAUGCAGUCAUGGCCCGUCCGAGUCCCCCGACCCUCCACCGAGAAGCUUGCCGCCGAGGAGCCUUUCGUCGUCGGCCAGCGCGUCCUGGACGCCCUCUUCCCCGGUGUCCAGGGCGGUACCAUUGCCAUCCCCGGUGCUUUUGGCUGCGGCAAGACUGUCAUCAGUCAGUCCGUCUCCAAGUUCUCCAACAGCGACGUCAUCGUCUACGUGGGCUGCGGCGAGCGCGGCAACGAAAUGGCCGAAGUGUUGAAGGACUUCCCUGAGCUGACCAUUGACGUGGACGGCCGCAAGGAGCCCAUCAUGAAGCGCACGACCCUCAUCGCCAACACGUCCAACAUGCCCGUGGCCGCCCGAGAAGCGUCCAUCUACACUGGUAUCACGGUCGCCGAGUAUUUCCGUGACCAGGGCCUUGACGUGGCCAUGAUGGCUGACUCGACGUCGCGAUGGGCCGAGGCGCUUCGAGAACUGUCGGGUCGUUUGGGAGAAAUGCCUGCUGACCAGGGUUUCCCUGCUUACCUGAGUGCCAAGCUUGCCUCCUUCUACGAGCGUGCCGGCCGUGUGCAGACGCUGGGCUCUCCCGAGCGCAAGGGUAGUGUCAGUAUCGUCGGUGCCGUCAGCCCCCCUGGUGGUGACUUUUCGGAUCCCGUCACAUCCUCUACCCUCAGUAUCGUGCAGGUUUUCUGGGGUCUUGACAAGAAGCUGGCUCAGCGCAAGCACUUCCCCUCCAUCAAUACGAGCGUGUCCUACUCCAAGUAUACGAGCGUGCUCGACAAGUACUACGAGAAGGAAUUCCCCGAGUUCCCGAGGCUGCGUGACCGAAUCAAGCAGCUGCUGUCUGACUCGGAGGAGCUGGACCAAGUCGUGCAGCUGGUCGGCAAGAGCGCACUGUCCGACCCGGACAAGAUCACGCUCGACCUGGCGGUCCUGCUCAAGGAGGACUUCCUGCAGCAGAAUGGUUACUCGGACUACGACCAGUUCUGCCCCAUGUGGAAGACGGAGUGGAUGAUGAAGCUCAUGGUCGGGUACCACGACGAGGCACAAAAGGCCAUUGCGCAGGGCCAGAGCUGGGCCAAGGUCCGCGAGGCCACGAGCGACCUCCAGGCGAAGCUGCGGCAGCUGAAGUUUGAGGUCCCUGGGGACGGCGAAGAUGUCAUCACUAAGAAGUACGAGGCCAUCCAGCAGGAGAUGACGGACAAGUUUGCGUCGGUGAUGGACGAGUAG